GUUUAAUAUUACAAACAAUAAGAGUACGAUACUUCCGAAAGGUCGCCGACAAUGUACGUGACGAUUUCGCUGAAAGUUUGACAUCUCCCAUCUUCCAGCCAUCCUCUUUAUCUUUCUCUGUUCCUUCUGUACUUUGCUGUCACUGCAUCUCACACUCUCUCUGAUUGUCUGAACAACAACAUGGUGCAAUCAAAGAAGUUCAGAGGAGUCAGGCAGCGUCACUGGGGCUCCUGGGUAUCGGAAAUUCGCCACCCAUUACUGAAGAGAAGGGUGUGGCUAGGCACAUUUGAGACAGCCGAAGAGGCAGCCCGAGCGUACGAUCAAGCUGCCAUUUUGAUGAGUGGCCGCAAUGCCAAAACCAACUUCCCAACAACUCAAACGUCGACAGGAGACCCAAAGACUAGCGAGGAUUCCCCGACCCCAUCUUCAUCGCCAAAGGAUUUAUCAGAAAUUCUUCAUGCAAAGCUUAGAAAAUGCAGCAAGGCACCGUCUCCAUCUAUGACUUGUUUGAGGCUUGACACUGAGAAUUCCCAUAUAGGUGUUUGGCAAAAACGUGCUGGGCAACACUCUGAUUCGAAUUGGAUCAUAACCGUUCCUCUUGGAAAGAAGAAUAUUGGCGAUGAUGUUCAAACUAGUUCAUCGUCGCCCAAUUUGUCUUCUGAAUCUCCGCCAUUAAUGGAAGGGCCGAAACUGCGAGCAGAGAUGGAUGAAGAGGAGAGAGUUGCACUGCAAAUGAUAGAGGAGCUUCUUAACAGGAAUAUUCCCAGUACUUCAUCCUUCGGUAUUCAAGAAGAAGAAGAGGGAAGCUUUCACCCCUAGUCUUGUUGCUUGUGGUCGUGUUACAUAUACAUAUAAAAUAUAUGGCAGUAAAAGAAGAUCAUCAUUCAUGUCAAGGUGUUGUAAAUGGCUAGAUAAUUAAUUUCUUUAUUAUAUAUAUGAAACAUAAGCAUAUAAUAUAUGUGUGUGUAGGUGCCAAAUUAUAGACAGAAAGAAGUAAUUAAUAGGGGUCUAUGCAAACAGAAAUCUGAUACCAAAUUAAUGGUACUGAUCUGCAUGUAAUAAUUUUGUUACAAUUUCCUUGUGAUACUGUUUGGUGAAUGGUACUGCUGCUAAUUUUGCAUUGUAAUAUGGGAUGAUCUACUAUAUAUUCAGCAUUGGAAUUA